AUGUCCCAGCAGCACACACUGCCAGUGACUCUCUCCACUGCUCUCGAGACUGUUUCUCCACCUGCUGAUCCCCAGCAGGAGCAAACGAAGCAGCCAACUCCCCUGCCUGCCCCAGGCCAGGAGGUGCCUUCCGAGCCCCCAGUGGAGGUCCUCAUGCCAGCAGAGAUCCCCAUGGGGUACGGGGAGAAACACACAGUUCCUGUGAAGGGAGUGCCCGAGCAAGAAUCGGUGCAGUCACAGAAGGAGCAGCAGCAGGAGCCACAGGAGCAUCUUGAACAGCAGCCACAGCAACCAGAGCUCCGCAAGCAGGAACAGCCACAACAGGAGCCACAGGGACAGGAACAGCAUGUGGAACAGCUACCAGAGGAGCCACGGGGACAGGAACAGCAUGUGGAACAGCUACAACAGGAGCCAUGGGGGCAGGAACAGCAUGUGGAACAGCCACAACAGGAGCCACACAAGCAGGAACAGCAUGUGGAACAGCCACAACAGGAGCCACAGGGGCAGGAACAGAAGCAGCAGCAGCAGCAACAGGAGCCACAGGCGCAGGAACAGAAGCAGCAGCAGCAACAGGAGACACAGGGGCAGGAACAGCAUGUGGAACAGCAGCAACAACAGGAGCCACACAAGGAGGAACAGCAUGCAGAACAGCCACAACAGGAGGCACACAAGCAGGAACAGCAUGUGGAACAGCUACACCAGGAGCCACACAAGCAGGAACAGCAGCAACAGGAGCCACAGGGGCAGGAACAGAAGCAGCAACAAGAACAUCAGGAAGCAGAAAACCUGGAGCAGCAGCUGCAGCACAAGAAAGCAGAAAAGGAGCAGCAGCUGAAGGAGCAGCUGGAACAGAAGAACCCAUUGGACCAGCAACUGGAUCAUAAGCUAGCAAAGAGAGAAGAGCAACUGGAAAAGGAACAAGAGCCUCUGCCUGAGCACCUGGAGCACCAGGAGAAGCAGCUGGAGUCAUCAACACAGCAGGAGGAGCAUCGGGAGGAGCUUGUGUUUGUCUCAGUUCCUAGCCAGGUCCAAGAGACCCAGCCAGUCAAGGAACCAAAGGGGGAGGUCAUGCCCCCUGCAGAGCAGCAAAAGCAGGAAGUUCACAAGUAA